GAAGAGGGAGGGAGGAAGGGCUGAGGGUAGUCAUCUGUGAGAGAGAACGGAGUGUCGAAGGAAAACCUUCGCCGGCUGACGUGAUCGGAGUGCGAGCGAGGGAGGGACGGAGGGAGGGAGAGGAGAGAAUGGGGAGAAGUGGCGUCUAUUGAUGGAAUCGACGAGUAGUUCCCUUGCUAGUGUAGGUGGCGGCGGCUGGCGGUCGAAGGGGCGGAUAUGGGAAUUUCAGCGGGACAUGAUCGCCGGGGCGGUGAUGGGAGGCGCAGUUCACACCGUGGUGGCGCCGAUCGAGCGCGCCAAGCUGCUGCUCCAGACGCAGGAGAGCAACGCUGCGCUUCUUGGCCGUGGCCGCCGCUUCCGGGGUAUGAUCGAUUGCAUCGCCCGCACCGUUCGCGAGGAGGGAAUGCUCUCUCUGUGGCGUGGAAAUGGCACCGGCGUCAUCCGAUACUACCCGUCUGUCGCUCUCAACUUCUCCCUCAAGGAUCUCUAUAGGACCAUAUUGUGCAGAGGAAAAACUGAGCAGUGGUCUGUUGCAGCUGCCAACUUCAUGGCAGGGGCUGCAGCAGGUUGCACAACUUUAGUGAUCAUCUACCCACUGGACAUAGCUCAUACCCGCCUUGCAGCAGACAUUGGCCUGGCUGAAGCACGCCAAUUCAGAGGUAUCAGCCAUUUCCUGCAAACUGUAUACAAGAAAGAUGGCAUUCAAGGCAUCUACCGAGGCCUACCUGCGUCGAUCCACGGAAUGAUCAUUCAUCGUGGCCUAUAUUUUGGUGGAUUCGAUACUGCUAAAGAUCUCGUUCUUUCAGAUGACUCGCCAUUGUGGAAGCGUUGGAUAGCUGCUCAAGUUGUCACGACACUAGCCAGCUUGACAUCAUAUCCACUAGAUACUGUUCGAAGACGGAUGAUGAUGCAAUCUGGGUUGGAGAAACCGAUGUAUAAUAGCACUUUGGAUUGUUGGAGGAAGAUUUAUAAGCUCGAGGGUCUAACAUCAUUCUAUCGUGGUGCGGUAUCCAACAUGUUUAGGAGUACAGGAGCAGCUGCUAUAUUGGUUUUGUACGACGAGGUAAAGAAAUUCAUGAGAUGGGGUGGUUUUUGACAAGCUAGGAAAACAUUUUACGAGAUUUUUUUUCCCGACCGAGCGGUUACAGGAAACACAGAUUGCAAUAACAUCAAAUGAGAAUGCAUCUUCUCUACACUGUUUUUUUCCCCCCUUAAUCUCUGAAGGUUGUUGACAUUUAAAGAAUUUCACGCUUUAUUUUCUUGUUCAGAUUAUUUUUGCUGUAUUUUAUGCAGCUUAUUAUUCUGUCCAAAUUAGAAUGGU